AUGCUCAAAAUUAUCCAUCACUGGUGGUUGGCCGUUCUCUCCGCUAUUGUAUGGUGGGGUAUGCUCAUUGCUCUUUUAGCGUGCUGGGCAGCCCAAGGACACCCAGUCUAUUCCUGGAUCACUGACCGAAACAAGACGAUUCUGUUUAUUUCCGACGUUGCUGCAACUAACCUACAGCCCAUUUUCAUCUCCUGCUCAGCGGUCCAGGGUCUCCUUUUCGUGCUGGCUCUGGCUUCCGAGCGACUGCUCCGCCACAAUGGCCGCCUACUGCCUAACAAUCGCCGUCGCGAGAAAUGGUGUUCGAUUUGUGCGAUCGUUUGCGCCUUUGUCGGCCAGCUCGGUAUUUUGUUUGUCUCCAUUUUCAACACCCGCUACUUUAGUAGCACGCAUUCGGAUUUUUUGGUGGUGUUUAUUGUGUUUGUUGGUGUUUCGAGUCUUUUUUCAAUCUACGAGUACUUUUACUUGGACAAACACUACCGCGACUACCUCUCAAUACGGUGGUCGCUUGGAAUCAAGUGCACUUGGUUUAUCACCGAACUGGCCCUGGCAAUUGCCUUUGCCUCAACCCACAACAAGCAUGUCAAUGUUUCCGCGGUGCUCGAGUGGCUCGUCUCGUUCGUGUACCCGUUUUACACGCUGAUUAUUGCCUACGAUCUUUGGCCUGCUCACAAAACUGCCAAAGGCACCUAUUUGAACAAAUCUUAUCCUGAUCCCUUCAGUCAAACGCUGCCUGACGAGAUGCCUAUCAAAGAGGCUUACGACGCUUGA